UCUAGUUGCAAUUUACUGUAACCGUAGAAGUAGUGAAGUACAGAUAAUGCAAGUAUGAAUUUCAAUAUUUAGUUACUUUACUGCGAGCCUGCAGCCUCGAUGCACCAGUGCCAAUAACGACGAUGACAUCUCGCCGAACAGCCUCUUGGCUCUCAACCGUUGUAUGGAUCCAGCUGUUUUCAUACUUUCUCGUCGCACAAGCCGGUAGCGAUGAUGACGUGGCGGAAAUUUUUCGGGAUGAUUUCCAGACACUGGAUUACGGAAAAUGCUGAGAAGCAACUUAAGAUGCGUCAACGGAUCACUGCAUCGCAAUUACAGCUCCAUCUCCUGAAGGACCUUUACCUUCAAAUACGGCGAAAUACUGAUCCGCUUAAAGUAUCCCAACGCCUCCGUAUGGGACACUAUAUAUGGCACGUUUCGUACCAGAGCAAAAAAUUAGAACGCCUAUUUUCUUCGCCUAUUCGUGAGCCACGGUAGUUACCUUUAGUGGCUUCAGCCACCGCGACAUUUCGCCGAGGACAAGUAGUGGGCAGGCAAUUUGGUCGCAGUCAGUUCGCCGCGGAACUUUGCGCCGCGACUCGCCAGAUAGUUUGUCGCGAGGCCGUUUCGAUGCCGCGACACAUGAAAUAAGAUGACAUAAGGAAACCUAAGAAACUCAAGAACGCCAAGCAAGCGAAGAAAAAUUAAGGAAAAACAGAAAGUGAGAGACCUGGAAAACCUAAGAAACCCCGAGUGAAAACCAAGUGCGACGAUUUGUCGCAAGGUGACAAAGUUUGAAAGCAUUUUGUCGCACAGUGAAAUGUCCCAGCGUCCGUAUGUUCCGCGGCGAAAUGUCAAGCUUUUGAUUGUCCGGGUUCACCAGCUUUAAAUAAGGCGAUGCAGUCUACAGGUUUACAGGAAAAAAGAUGACAGGUUUACGAAUGAGCCUCAGAUGGCCACCGCGACUACAGUGUAAAACGGAAGUAUACAAGAUGUGACCACCGUGACUGCAUGAAAGAAAACAAGGUUCUAUUUUUUCCCGCUCUGACACGAAGCGUGCCACCACAGGUGCGGACUCAUAUGCCGGUUCGUGGUGGGGGUUAGAAGGCUACGACAUCGCCUCUACGCCCCAGGUCACUAUAUCAACUUUAACCUCGUUUCCCUCGAUCCUUCAUUUAUCUGUGAACUACACAGCUUCUUCUGGAAAGAUAAUCGAUCACAGUCAAGCUUAUAUCAGCGACAAAGAUUUGUCCCUUGAUUAUCACGUUCAGCGACUGAUCUGGAUGAAAGAACGCAUGGAACUCCAUAUGGACGGUCAACUCAUUCUCAACCUCACCGUUCCAGGACAAGACACUUGGCCCGCACGGGGCAUAUCCAUGAGUACAAUCAUGCUUCCGGGGACCCUGUACCCGACCGACACCGAUGCCUGCCGAAACCCGUCGUUUGAGCGGUGGAAGGAAUUCCUGAUUGACUACGUCAUUGUGCGGCAGUACACCAACCCAGGGCACACAGAUAAAGUUAUCCAGAUCUCACUGGGCGUGGCUCUUCCGCUGGCUGCCGGGGCAUCAGGAAUUCUUUGGCUUAUUCUGCUGCGGCUCGCCAGACAGCGCCGUCUCAAACGCACCAUGUCGAAAUGCACACUCACCACGUGUACGCAAAGUAUACCUACUGUGUCGGCGUUCGAACACGCUGCGGAAGCCGCCGAUGUAUUGACGAACGAAUCGGUGCAGGCCAUGGAAAUCCCUCUGGCAAACUUGCAAACCACCGAAAUAGUUCUGGGCCGAGGCGCAACGAGUGUUGUAAGGAAAGGAGUGGUUCAUGAACUCGCUGGCCGGUCAGGCCCAUUUGCCGUCGCAGUGAAGAGUGUGCGGAACCGCAGCGACGCGAUGGAAAAUGGGCAACUAGUGCAGGAACUGAAGAUCAUGACAAAGGUCAAGUGGCAUCCGAACAUUGUCCGCCUCGUCGGCGUCGUACUGGGAGGUGAAGCUCUUGGUUUCAGGGAACUUCUCUUGGUUUUCGAAUACGCGAAAUUUGGUUGUCUGCGGUAUUUGCUCAAAUCUCUCGGCGUCGAAUGCUUUUACAGCCAUGUCAGUUUCGAUGGGGUGAUCCUUCCAUAUGAUGAGGACGAAGCGGAAAAGGUCAGACUCCUCAGGAAACAGACGGCACCACCAACUACCAGCGAUGAAUUCGACGGGCAAAUCCUGUCAACGCGAAUGUUGUUGCAAUUUGCCGGUCAAAUCAGUCAAGGAAUGCAGUAUCUCAGCGCGUUUUCCAUUGUCCACCGCGAUUUGGCAGUUCGUAAUAUUCUUAUUUGCGACGGCUACGUGGCGAAAAUAUCGGAUUUCGGAAUGGCAAGACAAGGAACUGAUUGCCCUGACCAAGACCAAAAGGAAGCGCUGCCGGUGCGCUGGAUGCCGCCGGAAGCUAUAACGGAGUCGCUAUAUUCGGAGUCCGACGUGUGGUCCUUCGGCGUGCUUCUGUGGGAAAUGUUCAGUCUGGGCGCGCUGCCUUACGCCGGCAUUAACGUGUUGCCCGGACACAACAUUUCCGAUUUUUUAGCAUCGCUGCAGUCAGGAAUGCGUCUGCAUAAACCCACCUUAUGUCCAAGCGCGAUUUACGAUUUGAUGUGCGAGUGCUGGGAGCUCUCACCCGAGGACCGCACGGAUUUCACUCGGCUAACACAUACCUUGCAGACUAUUCUCGAUGUUGCCUGCGUACCGGUGCAUCGCGUCUGAGUUCGCACAUGCGGGCAUUCUCAGAUGAAAACUGUCUUUUAUAACCUUGUGUCCCGAUGGAACUUGUAAUAACAGGAAUCCUUGGCGAGAAAAUCAAUAAGAGUCAUGAGAGCUGCCUAAACGUUCAUCAAUCCAUCAAAUGCCAUCAAACGUUUGCUAAGCCAACUGCGCAGGUUCCGUGAUGAUUUGACAUUCGUGCACUCAACAGCAGUUCCUGUCAGAACCGCAGACGUGGGUACCUGCACCAACCAAAAUUUCAUUUUUUUC